GUCUUCGUUGUACAUUCGUAGUUUUUCUCCGAAUACUUGUUGUGUGAGGACGUUGUGCUAAUUGAAUAAAAUUGAUUUUUUCGCUGAGCAUUUUUGCUUAGAAAUGUUGCAAAAUAUUUACAGCGAAUAUUUAUUAAUAAUAUCAACAUUCUCCAUGUGUAUAUAGUGUAUAAAGAGAGUGCACAUAAAACUUAAUGAAAAUGAAUAGCAUACGGUGUAGUGAACAGAUGGAAGAAAAGUUCGAUAAGGACUUCAGCAGCCUGCUUGCUAAAUCCAAUGUGGCAGACAACAAAGAAAACGGUGUUUGUGCAAUUGCACUUGUGGAGGUGGCAAAUAAGCACACAGACGUGGGGGAUGAUACAGGGGACGAAGGUCAACAACUUGACGAGGAUGAAACGAUUUUUCUUGAGCGUCGUUGCAAUAGUCAAUGUAGCGAAAGUAAUGCAGCUGAUGCGACGCGAGUGGAGGCAAGAACCCCCAACUCAGCACCCGCUACACCGUCGCCGACUUUCGCAGAAACCACCCUUUAUGCUGCACACAAAUCGACAGCUUAUGCGGGUAUGAUGGGUAGUCAGCUAAACGGGGCGGAAAUGGAGGAGGAAGAAGAAGCAGAAGUGGUGGAGGUAAAAGAUAGCCUAGGGAAAUCAACACUACAUGACACGUCAAAUAGCGAGCUACAAUUGUUCGCGCAAUGCAAGGAAGCAAAUGGCAUUUUCAAUGACGACACCUUAUUGACAGCAGAACAUUUCGAUCAUAUAUCACCGCAUCCGUUGAGUGAGCGUUGGUCGCCGUUAGGCGCGAAUUACGAUGAUGCAAUGAGUCCGACAUCAGAAUUGCUUAGUCCUGAAUCGGAGUUGGAACUGCUGAGUUCCGAUAGUCAGGAUAAGCAAGAUAUGUUGCGUAGCGAUACCAAUGAUUUGGGACGUUUGAGAAGCAUGGAAGAGGAACAGGAGCUGUUGACCACUUCACUGAUGGCAUUGACUUCACAUUUUGCGCAUGUCCAGCUACGUGUGCGACAAAUUGUGGAGGCACCGUCGCAUGAGCGUGAUCAGUUACUUAAAGAUUUGGAAGAGUUUGCGUUUCGCGGUAUACCGGAACCAAUUGUACCUGCCGCGGUAGGUAACACAAAUGCCGACUCCUCUAGCCAUUCGCAGCCCGACGAUGAAGCCGUGCGUCAGCGUCAAUUCGAGCUGAUCGAACAUUUGAAGUCCCAACUAAGUGAAUUGGAAAAACUGGCUUAUGAGUCCGGUGCGCCCGUCUUGCCACAACAUAUACUGUUGGAGAAACAGAAGAUAAUCAUUGAUGAGUUGAAGAAUAAACUUAAUCUGCAAGUGGACGAACGCGAUUUACCCGAACUGAGUUCGGAAGAGUUGAAGAACCAUGUAGAUAACGCCAUUGGCGAGUUCGUUGGUCCGCUGCGCAUGAAAGAGCAAUUGGUGGCGCAGCUGAAAACUCAGAUCACCGAUCUGGAACGUUUUAUUGCCUUUUUGCAAUGCGAUACAGAGGAUUCGAAAAUGAAGACACUCAAUGGUAAUGAGAAACUGAAUGAGCCCUACAAUAGUUAUGCUGCCAAGAAGAAAGGUGAAAAAGUGCGAAAGAAACUGGUGUCACCGCAGCAGGACGCUACCGAACAGGAUACGCUGAAUACAAUGCAUCCAAAUACAAGUCGGAACGCCGCACAACAAGACAGUGGAGAGACUUUAAAUAGCAAGGCUCACAGCUUGUUGGAUAAAGCUUCGUUGCUGAUGCAAAUGUUCGCCACGACACACUUUGGCGCCAAGGCCGAUCAGUUUCAGAAGAAUGCGAUGAAAAAGACAUCGAAAGGCAAUCAUUGGGGGGAUUUACGCGCACAACUGGAGGUCGACAUACAGGAGGUGGCUUCUCUUGCCGCCACACUCAGUUUCGACCGUGAAAAGUUGGCCAACAUGAAGCGGGCGCUGAAGAAUACCAGCCGCAAUGCCAAUACAACGGUGGCGUUAAGCGCACAAAACGGUACAGUUACGGUACCACCACGUGCGCGCACACAACCAGCCAAUGCGGCAGCGCAUCGCAAGGAUCUCAAAGCGUACAUCGUAUCAUCCGAUUCGGAUGACGACACGUACGAUUGUUAUGCCUGGGAACGAAACCAUUGUCGCAAGACGCACGGUGCGCGCUACAAGGGCGACUCCAUCAUCACGAUAAGCAAAGAGUUAACAACGGCGGUGCGCAAGAAUUUCUCCAUGACACUGCUGCGACUCAUACAGCAUGGACUGCGUGUGGAAACGGAAUCGGCCACAUCCAGCUUAAUUGUACCGUUCAUGCGUUGCCUCAAUCCGUCCCCAGUUUUUGCCGCCGAACAGGGUUAUCGUGGCAGGGAUACGACCAGCGCUACAUCCUUCGUCUCGUCAGCGGCCUUCUCUUCCACCUACAAUGCCAAUUACACGGACAACGAUUGCGAUGACGUGAACGCAGGCGGCUUUUUCGGCAGUGGCGGCAGUCGUCCCAUGCAUGCUUGGGAACUCAUUUUGGAGUACUAUUAUCUGAAGAAUGGCGAUGAGUUUAAUAAUACGCCGGCGCGUAAGCUUUCGCAAAGCUUCAAUUUGGACAUUGUCGACGCGCAAACGGUCACGGCGAAGCAGAGCUUCCUCAGCGCAGUGGGCAUGAUCAUCGCCAUGCAUCGGCCCUACAAGCGUAGCUACAAUGCACACUUCAAGGCGUUCGUUUGUGCGGGUCUCAACUGCCAUCAAUUGGUCGAGUGGUUGAAUUUAAUUUUCAGUUGCAACGAUUUGGUGGACACCUACUACACGCCCAACAGCUAUGUUGCACGCACCGGUUUUCGUGACUCGCUGCGCUCCAUCGACGCGCUAACCAAAUAUGAUUUCGAUUUGCCCAUAGAUUUGGCCAUACGACAUUUUAGAAACCUUUAAAAUUAUCAACUAAUUAAUAUACAUACAUAUAUACAUAUAUAUAUAGUAGUUAUAGUUAAGUGAGCAAAGUGCUUAUGCAUAAGUAUGUGUGUAUGACAUCCAUUGGGCAAUUAUUUUCAUAUCCUAACAUUAAAGUAGUAAGAAAAAAAACCCAAAGAAAUCAUUGUACUUAUAUUAUUAUUGCAGAACUAAUCGAAUUUCUUCCAAAUUAGUAAGCGCAUUUAUUGAUGUGUUGUGCUCAAGUAUUCAUGAAGUUCGAAUAUUUGCGUAUGUCAGUGUGUAUUUUAUGGUUUGACAAGUUGUAUGUAAUAAUGUUGAAAGGUAUCAAGCAAACUCUAGUCCAUUUUAUUCUAGUCUAACACCACUCUAUUCGUGCAUACUUAUAAUUAUAUAUAUACAUAUAUACAUAUAUGUUAACUAAUGUGUAUCUGACUAUUUGAUAACUAAAUAAUGUCUAAGUAGCGCUUUUAUAAAUACAAUGCUAUGUAAACAUACCGAAUACCCACACAAACAAA